AUGAACCCGGCUCAAUCCUGCCACCUCUUAAUGGCCUUCCUGUUUGUUGCUAAACUAACAGGUGCAUAUGGGAACAGAAUAAUUGGGGGUACACUGGUAAACCCUUACACCAUCAAAUAUCAAGCCUCCCUCUUGUACAGCAACUCCCAUUUCUGUGGAGGCACCCUCAUCCACCCGCAAUGGGUGGUGUCUGCUGCCCACUGCUGGAGGGCGAGUCACACGAUUAAAGUGGUCCUGAGUCAGCACAGUCUCACCCAGUGGAAUGGAUUGGAGCAGAUAUUCAACGUCUCCUUGAUCGUUAAAAACUCACAGUACAGCUACUGGAUGCUUGACAAUGAUAUCAUGCUGCUUAAGCUGGACCGUCCAGCUAUCAUCAAUGACAUGGUCGAGCCAGCCUCGUUGCCAGACCCUAACUCUCCGCCACUGGAAAACCUGAAUCUUUGCACAGUUAGUGGCUGGGGUGUUACCUGGAUGUACAGCCAGAGUUUAUCCCCCGAACUGAGGUCAGUGGAGGUGGAAUUGUUCACCAGCUGCUGGAAUUACUACCCCUUCAGGAUCACAAACAACAUGAUCUGUGCUGGCUCUAGGAGUGGCGGGAGAGACUCCUGUCAGGGUGAUUCUGGAGGACCUCUUAUUUGUAACGGUAAAUUUGAAGGCAUUGUAUCUUGGGGCAUUGGCUGUGCGAUUUCAUACUACCCUGGUGUCUACACCAAGGUCAGAAACUACAUUGGAUGGAUGAAUCAGGUUAUUGAGAACAGCUAA